CGUCCCCGCGUAUUAGCCACAAUCUCGAAGACGGAGCAAUUUAAAGCUUCUCAUCUUCCCAGACGAACACUCGUCUAGUGUGUGGUGGGUGUUUCUGAUCUUCCUUGAUAAGUUUUAUCCAGGGGGUUUGUUCUCUCUUCAUGUGCUCGAUUCAUGCUAGAUUUCAGGUUUUUCAGCCACAAUGGACCAGAAAGAAGAACACCCAAUCUCUCUUUCUUCUCAAUCCCAACACAAAAUUCGCCUUCUUUCCUCGCGCGGUUUCUUCUUCGGACAACAACGAUGGUUCAGUUUCAUCUUCCAGACAAAACAAUCGACAAAUGGGUUAUGAUCCUUCAGAAGAACUGUUUGGUGUUGAUUUCAAGCCCAGGAUCAUAUCUGGUGAUUCACGUGAACCAAGGUCAUGGGUUGGUCCAAACGGCCAAUACAUUCGAGAGCUUCCAUGUCCAACUUGUAGAGGAAGAGGUUAUACUUCAUGCUCAAAUUGCGGAAUCGAGAGGUCGAGAUUGGACUGCCCUCAAUGCAAAGGAAAGGGCAUAAUGACUUGUCUCAGAUGUUUGGGAGAUCGUGUCAUAUGGGAAGAAUCAAUCGAUGAACGACCUUGGGAGAAAGCUAGAUCCAGUUCUCCAUUUAGAGUAAAGGAGGAUGAUGAGGUUGAUAAUCUAGAGAUAAAGUUCAGUAAAAGGAGAAAAUCAAAGCGAAUUUACCAGUCACCGACUCCUGAAGUUGGACAAAAGAUCAGCCGAUCUCUGAAAAGUCUCAAUGCCAAGACUGGACUCUUUAGUAAUGCUCAAAGGGUAGCUGCAAUUAAGAAAGCUAAAGGAACGCCAGCUGCUAGAAAGCAGGCCUCGGAAUGUAUGAAAACGUUCUUCAGUAACCCUGAAAACCGUGAACAGAGAAGCUUAUCCAUGAAAGGAGUCAAAUUUUACUGCAAGAACUGCGGACAGGAAGGCCAUAGACGCCAUUACUGUCCAGAGCUGGGCACUGAUGCGGACAGAAGAUCUAGAUGUCGGGUUUGCGGCAGUAAAGGUCAUAACCGAAGAACCUGUCCCAAGUCGAGACCAAAGGUCACUAAAGGCAUUUCCACAAGGUAUCACAAAUGUGGAAUAUGCGGUGAAAGCGGUCACAACAGCAGAACAUGCCGGAAACUGGCCAGAGUGAAACUCAGUGACCGUGUUGGCGAUUCUGAGGAAGAUGGUGUUGGUAACAGAGGUUAUGCUUGUGGGUUCUGCAAGAAAAAGGGGCAUAAUGUAAGAACCUGUCUAAGCAAACAAGUUUCAGACAGAGAUUCGUUUUUAGAACAUGAAGGUUCUUGAUCUUCUUGAUCAUGUUUCUCUGGUUAGGCUUUGGUUUUACUCUUGAACCAACCUCACUGAUAGAACCGGAGAAAUCACUCGGCGGUCCUUAGAUCGGUUUCUCGUCAACUAUUCCAAACUGAAGACAAAACUGAAGCGACUUUGACUGCUCUUGGUUUCGGUUUAUGACCGUAUUCGUGUUUUAUUUCCUGAUUAGGUAUAUAAAUUUCAAUGGCUUACUUAAGCGUAUAUCCCUAAUGUCUUUUGGGUUGAUUCUUCUUUGAGUACGACCUGAGUAGGUGCAGCGUACGGACCCACGCAAAAGCAAGUUGACGAUAUAUAGAGCCUUAGAAAUUUUCCAAAA